GUUUUUGUUAAAAUUAAGCUUUCUGGGUCAAAUUGAUUUUUUUAUUCCCAGAGACUGAAUGUGAUUUUGCGGCAUGUGAAGUUCAGAACAAAGCGAUUUUCGCACGACCUAACCUUUCCCCCAUACACUAGAAAUGUUACGAUUACCUUCACAACCCAUCCCCACCGAAUGGAACUCGAACUGGAAAGAUAUUCAGCCUGCUUUACGUAAAGUGAGAAGAUCUAUGGCCUCUUUACGGACAUCCUCUUUAAAGGUUAUGAGAGUUAGUCAACUCGAUUCAGAUAUUUUAGACAUGGAAUUAGUAGAUAUUUUAAAAGAACAACUUUGGGCAGCACUUUCUCUUUUCAAGCCAACAAUUAAAGAAAACUUUGAACCAGAAUUAUUGGGUUUAUUAAACUUGACAUUGUUCAAACUGUCCAUUUAUGAUUCGUCAGCAACAUACGGUUCCCAGCUUCAAAAUUUAAAAUACCGUAAUGAGUGGAAGCAUGGUGGAGCAUUCGAGUCUAUUGCAAAAGAUGCACCAUUGACACAAGGACAGAAAAUAGCAUAUGGAUUAUUUACAGUGGGAGGACAAUACGCUUGGACAAGAGCAAAUCGAUACAUUACAAUGAGAGGGUGGGGAGAAAUGGACGAUUCUAGUACAAAAUACAAGAUAUACCAACUUUUGCAAACCGGCGAAAAAUAUUGGAAGGCAUUCUCAUUGCUCAAUUUCCUUAUCUUUUUAUGGAAUGGAAGAUACCGUACUCUUAUUGAUCGUAUCUUGGCGAUGCGUUUAGUUUAUUCCAAAAAAUCAAUGAACAGACAAGUCAGUUUUGAAUUCUUAAAUAGACAAAUGGUGUGGCACGCAUUCACUGAAUUCUUGUUGUUUUUGGUCCCUUUGAUCAACGUUGAAAAAUUAAAGAUGAAGAUGAUGCGAAUGUUGUUACCCAAGUCAUAUCUUGUCUCUUCUAAGGGAUAUGAUAAAUUACCUAACAAUCAAUGUGCUAUCUGUCAUGAUUCGGCCUCUAAUCACAGCGGCCCAAUCGGCCAGAUUCAGAAAUUAUCUGUACAUAACGCCUAUGAAACAAAUUGUGGUCAUCAAUAUUGUUACUAUUGUAUCCAGAGUAAGUUGUCUGUGUUUGGUGAUGAAUGGCCAUGUCUUCGUUGUGGCGAAAAAGUGACUACUAUACAUAAACACAUUGAAAAAAUAGAAGACAAACCCGUCUUGGAGGAAAGCUAUGUAGAAUUAGAAAAAGAAGAAUAACUACGA